AUGGUCUUCGCUCAGGACCGUUGCGACGCACCCUAUCCGAACGUCUAUUGUAACACGACCGAGAUCCUUGCCUACCAGUAUGACGAUUGCACACCAUACCAUGUUUUCGUUGCUCGGGGCUCCGACGAGCCAUAUCCUGGACGUCUUGGAAACAUUACCAGCGAGAUCUGCAAAGGGAUUGGGAACGAUGACUGCAGUUUUGAAAGUAUCGAGUACCCUGCCAAGAGUACGGCUUGGGGUGUAGACGAGUGGUGCAAGUCGGCAGGAAAGGGCGCUGCGAAUGGCCAGGCGCAGGUCAAAGCGUACGCGGAAAAAUGCUCCGACAGCAAGUUGAUCCUUUUGGGUUAUUCUCAGGGCGCUUCUGUCACGCAGGACAUUCUGGGAGGAGGUGGAGGUCAAGUGUUCGAGUGCACUCAGGACACCAACCCGGCUCUGAACCGCUCAACCUCACCUGGCGCAAACGUGGUUGCAGCAGUAACAUUCGGCGCUGUUGUUCGCAGUAAGAACCAGAACUUUACCGUUGGCGAAGGCGUAAACUAUGAUGGCACGCAUGCUCGCGCACCUGAGCACCUCGAGGCUCUCCAGAGAUACUCCAACGUCUUCCUCGACUACUGCCAUUACGGCGACCCUAUUUGCGCCGUAGGCAGCGAACCCGCCAAUGUCACGGCCCAUCUCGACUACUUCUUAGAGCACAACGAAGAGGUAUCGAAAUGGGUUGUUGGCAAAGCCAAGGGUAAGGCGGUGAAUGUCUCCAGUCAGUCAACUGCUUCCAAGGGCCUUACACCUGCUGAGGCCACGGUUGGAGCGGAGACGCCCGUCAGUACCGGAACUUUGGCAACGGGAAGCUCGACGGCUAGAGCAUCGCAGACAAGCAGCGCUAGCAAUAAUGGCAGCACAGGUGCGGGCAACAUCCACUCGGCGGGCGACUACGUUGCUUCUAUCAUGAUCAUUUUUGGCACGACCUUGUUCUCAGUCGUUCUUCUGUAG